CAGGUGUCGAAAAUGGAAGUUGGAACAGAGCUUAGUGUUCAAAUUAAGAAGGCAAUCAAAGCGAAGCUGCAAGAAAUGCAGUGUUAUGUAGAUGACGAGCUUCCUGAUUACAUAAUGGUUAUGAUAGCCAACAAAAAGUCGACCGACCAAAUGGCGGAAGAUUUGAAGAUUUUUUUGUCGGAAGGGUCUGUGAGCUUCUGCAAAUGGCUGGGAGAAGUUUUGGAGAGGCUGGACAAAGUGGGAAAGGAUGCCCCGGAAGAGAAAAAACAAGAGAAGAAAACAACUCCACGUCGAAGCCGUUCAUCGUCCAAAGGUAAACGUCGACGUAGCUUAACUCCCAGAAAACAAAAAUCCAAAUCAAAAAGUCCCAAGCCAUCCAAACGCAUUGAGCGCGGACGAAAAACCAAUACUGCUGCUUCAAACCGUAGGGUAGUAGAUGUUAUCGGUUCGAGGCGGAAGUCAAAUAUUGAAGAACGAGGUGAAAGAAAGAGAACUAUUCAUAUCGAUAAAGAAAAACGCGUUUCUCCCUCGGGAGAAGAAAAUAAAAAACCUAGAAAAUCAUCAAGCUCUGAGGACAAGAACUUGCUCACCAAAAAGAAGGAAAAAGCUGCAUCGCCUGUUAACGAGCGAUCCGCUAUUCCAGAGUAUAAGAAAACAGGAAGAACUAUCGUAAUUAGGAAUGAAUACAGCGAGGAAGUGACUGAGUCCAAAUCAAAUGUGGCAAUAGAUACUCUUCGGGAAGCGUCUCCGCUUUCUUCAGAAGAAAACGAAGUCCUAAACAGGAAAUCUGACUCGGACACUGAGAAAAAUGAAGCUAAUGUUGCUACUAUUGUAUCGCCUGUGAUAACCAGAAAGGUAUCCCCUGCUCCUAAAAUAGAGCAGAAAAUAGUUGCAAAAGUUUCGCCGAUGAUGUCUGUGGUAGAUACAGAAUCAAGCAUUUUGAUGAGUCCCCCAAAAGCUCAUGUGAAGGAAAGACUGGGGCCGCGCCGGGGACCGGAAGGAAGGAAGACCGGAAUUGUAAAACCGCUGGUUGUCGCGUCAAAAGAUGAUGCUGCUGACUCUAAAGACUUGCGACAACGCCUAGAAAUACGACAAGGACAGCGCCUCAAAGCUGCUGCUGGUCGAGAGAAAAUAGUUUCAAGAAAGGGCCUUCAAAUGGAUUCCAAAUUGGAACCUGACUUGAAAACACUGAACACAAUUUUUAACAAAGCUAUGAAUGACGUUAAGACAGUCGAAGUUUCAGCCAAAGCGAAAAAAUCGGUUGAAGAGUAUGAUCCAUUGCAACCAGAUAUUAGGAGAAAACGUGCUCACAUGUUAAAAAUGCCAAGAGUAACUGUUCAAAACGAAAAUGCAGAGGUUGAAAUUUUAAGACUGGCAGCAAAAAGAACACGUAAAAGAGGAUCGAUUUCUAAGAAAAGACAUUAUAGUGCUAGUGAAAUAUCAAGCAAUGAUGGAGAUAGACAUGGGAAGCGUAAAAAAGAAGAAACUCCGAAAAGGUCAAAGAAACGUCACAGCGAGUCUCCGAAUUCCGAUUCGGAAAAGACCAAGGCUACUAAAUUUGUAGUGUCCCUAAAAGGUGCCACAAAGUUCAUUGAAAAAGUAAGGAAGUUAGGAAAGAAAUCGGCAAGUGACUCAGAGCUAGAUCAAGAUUCUAACUCAGAAUCGGAAUACGAAAAUGAAGGGUCGGGAAGUGAUUAUAAUGACGAGAGUUUUAACGAAGAUGACGAUGUGGAUGAUUCGCCAAAGAAAAAUGUAUCACUCUACAAAAAGCAAGCAUCGGAAGGAGUAUCAAACGAAAUGGCAAAUGAUAAGAAAGAAGAGCAGGAAAUGAACUUGGAGCGGUGCAGAUUCUGGCCAGCAUGCAAAUUAGGCGACAAGUGCGGAUAUGUACACCCUACAAAACCGUGUAGUAAAUUUCCACAAUGUGCUUUCGGAGAAUCUUGUCUUUUCAUUCAUCCUCACUGCAAAUUCGGUCAGAAUUGUACCAAUUUUGCAUGUGGGUUCUCUCAUGCAGGUGGUCGGAAAGUGCGACAAGGAGUUCCGAAGUUUCCUUCUUCAUCUUACAACGGUGGAGUAGUCCCAAAUGUGAUGCAGAAAGAACCGACAAAGCCGCCUGCGGAAACAGUGUGCAAGUACUCGACUCAAUGUAAACUUCUCAGCUGUCCAUUCAUGCACCCGAAGAUAAUGAAAGAUUGUGCUUUUGGGGUCAGUUGUAGACGCAAGAACAAAGGGUGCAAGUAUUUGCAUGGUGCUUCAAUCUCCAAGUUUAAGUGGUCCUCGUCUGUAAAGAAUUCCAGUGAAUUGACAGACAAGCGAGCUGAAUUAAAAUCGUGCUAGAAAUUUUGGACGCGCUUGUUUAGAUGCGUUCUUCUUUUAAAAUUUUGAAAAACAUUGAGUUAUUGCUGUCCCAACUUUUCAUUGAAAUAUUUGCAUGAUAAAUAAAUUUGGCGUAGCUAUAUUAUUUUAAAAAAGAAAUUCCUAUCCCUUGAAAUAGCUGUCUGAUUUAAUAAUAAACAUGUGGUUCAUAACUGUCGAUUUGUCCUGAAUUUUUGAAAAUGAGCUGUUUUCAAGAUUUAUUGUAGACGGUUAAUAUUAAUUCAGAGGUGUCAAAGAGCGACCUGAAUUCAAAUUUAUCUUGAUUUUUUA